AUGUUGCAUAAAGGUAUGUAAUAGGACAUAUAUAGUUAAUGUUAGACGUGUUGUAAGGUCUUUCAAACAAAGGCUUGCUUACAGGUUAAAUUGAUCCAUUUGAAUGAAAAAAUAUAAUUGUACUAAAUUUAAGCCUUUAAAAGUGUAAGGAAUCUUCGGUGUUUGAAAGCAGUUGUAUUGUAUUAUUAUAUGUUUCUAUAGGCGAUUGUUAUAUGCAAAAUAACAGUUUAGUGGUAAUCAUUAGAGCGUUAAUUUGUUACAUAAACAAUUGUAUAUUUGAUAUAAUGCACUAUAUAAUAUAAAGCACUUGAUAUAUAAUAUAUAGGCCUACUUCGCAGUAUGUUAACUGACAGCUAAUUUACUAACGGUUUAUGUGUCUAUUCCUUUGCUAAAAAUGAUUAGUACCCUAUAUGUGUCCAUUUGACCAUUACGGCGUACGUAGGCUAGAGGUCUUCCACUGAGGAGACCGCUAUAUACCUUUAUAUUUUUAUCUGUCCAAGCUCUAGUAAAAACGAGAAUAAGCUAGGGUUUAUAAGAGUUGGCAAGUGAGAUUUUGCAUGAGAGUUUUCUCAAUCAGUUCUCAUAGCCCAAUCAAAAGAGAACAAGAGUUAGUGCACCAGAGUUUACGAAAGCUGACUGGAUAUUACCGCGCGCGUGGCGAAAACUCUCAUCAAAAUUUGAACAUUUCAUACUUUGAUAUGAGUUAGAGUUGACAAGAGUCGGUGAAAGUGCAUGAGAGUCGUUGCAAGCACUCUCAUGCUCGUUUAAACGGGGCUGACUAGGAUAUGAUUGGUGGAUGAUUUGUAAAAGGUCUUAACAAUGUGCCUUUAAUAUUCUUCCAGAGUUACCGCUAGGCUGAUACACUGUUGAGAUUUUUUGAAAUGAGGGCAUUGGUAUUAUUAGUUGGCGUUUUUAUACUAUUAUAUCACCCAUUACAAGGUAAGUCAUGUCUCAAAUAUAGCUAUUAGCCAAGCCGUGUCUUCAAAUAUAGUAAGCCGUGUCUUCAAAUAUAGCCAUUAGCCAAAUAUAUAUCGGCACAGUAGACUUAAAAAUAUAGUGUAAGAAGAGGAUUCCGAUGCUUCUAGUGCACGCAGCUACCCGUACGAAUUGACCGUGGAAAUCUCGCUUUGAGAAAGAUUGGCACCUUAGGGAGAACAGUUUAGAACUGAUAGAGGUAUAUUCAUUGUGAAUAAAGUUUAGUUUAGGUUUGCUCCUGUAGUGACGCUGAAGCAAUAAGGAAUUUUUGUUACUGCAGGAACUGUAAGAAGUUUAGAACUGAUAAAAGAAUUUAGUUUUGUGUCCAAAUUAGGUGGAGAGUUUAGUUUCUCAUUAUUAUUAUCUAUAUCUGAAAAAGGGUUCAGGUCAAUGACUAUUUAACAAUUAUUCUCUUUUCAGGAAAACCAUUGACAAGAAAAACAAUGUCGGAAUCAACGGAAUUGAUUCGAGAAAAGCGAGAGGAGUUGGAUGAAGAUGAUAGAUCAAGUGAGAUGCAGAAGUUUAUGUUGGAUCUCUCUUCUAAGGAAGAUAUGAGUCGAUUGAGGGAAAGGUGAGAUACUGACACAUUGUCGAUGCUAUAGAGAUUAAUCAUCCGUCUGGAGUAAGUGAGAGAAAAGAGGAGAUAAUGGCUUGCUUAUAGCAGAGACAGUUGGUCCAUCAUGAUUUUUUAUCUGUCUAACAAAUCAUUCGUCUUAGCGUAAACAUAAGGCAGGCUAUGCCGACAAACUAGCGAAAAUAUCGCAAUCUAUACUCAAUGGUUAUGGAAACAAAUCAUACGUGAUAUAUUCCUGACGCAAAUAGUUUAUCUUGACAGAUGAUAGGGAUCAUCUGUCUGUUUGCUGCCUUUACACAUGCGAAUUAUCUGAUAUAUUAUCACGCUUCGGAUUGAGGGAUACAAUCACGUGAAAAAAUACAAGGAGAACUUCGACGUUUUGAGCGAAGGCCCCUUGUCGGGAAGUUAGCUUCGUCAGGUUACUAACUAACCGACGAAGGACCUUCGCUCGAAACGUCGAAGUUCUCCUUAAUGUAUUUUUCAGGUAGUUGUAUCCCUAUCAAUCCGAAACUUUCUUAUUAUUGCCACUACCUACACUGGCACAGAUAGUUCUACAUUAUCACGCCCAAUUUCUAUGCUAGAGAUGGAUGAUUUGCUUGGACGAACUAUAAAACAAAGAACUCAUAUAAUUCGUCUGCCAAUUAGUCUGCGUAUACAGUGAUCAAGAAAAUAGAUGGAUUAUCGUGUAAGAAGAACUAUAUGCGUAACCAAACAGACGAAUAUGUGUGCGCAGUUUGUCUUGACUGAUAAUCCGUCUAUGUCUAAUGCAAAAUAGGGCAUAAGACGAAUUUUCAGGAAAAUAGUUUCCAAAACCAUUGCCAUUCACGACAGCCAGGUACUGUAAUAUCAGUCGACGUCAUGUUUGAUUGCAUUCACGACGCAACGUUUCGACACUCCAGUCAAGUGUCUUCAUCAGGGGUGAUCUGAAGUCGCAACGUGGCUUCUAAUAUACCCAUGGGAUGACGUCCACUACCAACAAGAUGGAUAUCUAUUCUUGUUGCAAAUAAGCACCGUCAUAAAAGCGUGAUUACUCAUAUGUAUAUGCCACGCUUCUAGGCAGCGUCUUUGGCCAUAGUGAUUGUUAGUGGUAAUGACUCUAGAACUCUAGAGUUUUUCCCACUCUUAGAGUUUUUCUUGUGUUUGACUAUGACGGAUGAUACAUCUCUAAUAUAAAUCUUAAGAUCCUAGCUUGACUUAGUCUUUAUGAGGUGAUGACUAAACAAAGUGUUCUUCUUUCUAAGGUUUAAGUCAGGGACAACACAGGGUGUCGAGAACGAUGCGGAGUACAGAAGAUUGAAGAGGUUCUCAAUUCAUGAUAGUGACGAUGACGUUGAAAGGAGAUCUACGACGUCAGGCAAGGAAACAAUGCACAUGAGAUCAUCGAGGGAAUCUAAAGCUGGCAGGGAAAAGGUCACGAGUUCUGAAGAAAGGUGAGUCUAUUCUUUCUUUCUAGAUCAUGUGUCGUCUUCAGAACUACUAACUCAACUGAUAAAGCUAACUAGAUUUACACUGGAUAGCACUAUAAUAUCUCAACCGUUUUCUCUAGAAGUCCAGUAAGAAACAUCCCUUGUUGAUCCAGUGUUACUGCAAGAAGGAACUAAACUGAAAUAAGUUCAUUUAUACUGGGGGUGGGCACGUCGGGUGGGUGAGUCUAUCAUUUUUAAACCCUUCCCAAGAGAUCCAGCUAUAUGGAGUUGUACUUCAACUGUUAAGUGUUAAUGCAGGGGGAAACGUCAAUUAAAGUAACUUUGUUUACACUGGAUAGCUCUAUCAUUUUUAAACUGCUCUGGAUGAAGUCGAAUAAAGAUCAUCCUUUAUUUUUCUGGUGUUGCUAUAGCAAGCUAACUUUGUUUGUUCUGGAUUUCCCCAUCUGUUUUAAACUCUUCUCCCUAGAGGUCCAGUAAAUUUCAGCCCGUAUUGUGUUACUACUGGAGGAAACAGGAGAAAAUCUGCAGUGUUUAUUAGAAUUAAACUGGAAGUAUUCUUCUCACAUGCGGCUGACGGAAAAUUGUAAUGAGACAACUGCAUAUAUUGUAAAAAUCGAAGCCUAACCAUUGUGUCACGGCCAGCGCCCCGCACAAAAGCAUUGUCUUACGAACAGAGUGGAAAGGUAAACGCACAUGAAGAUAUGAAAAUAAUUAUCUUAAUCCAAAACUUUUCUUUCUGUUUCAGCCCUUCGCCUACAGCGAAAGCGACAUCGAAACGUUCCAAAGAUAGAACGAAAAAUUUCGAAGAUCAGUUAGAACAUUUGGAAGAUAACAUGGAAAGUUUGGCGGGUAGUUUAAAACGUUCGGAGAAGAUCGAUAAUAAGAUAUUGGAAGAUAAGUCGAAACGUUCCGAAGACAAAAGUACGACGAACUACGAACUCAGUAUAGACAAUUUCAGCGAUAAAAAGGAUUACGACCAAAACUUACAUGACGUAGCCGUUACUCGUAGAGAUACCGCAGAUAGCGAAACUGGAGGCUCGCGCAUAAAUUCUCAUCACAUAGUUGGAAGAUCGUGGGAGCUUAUCCAUCAUUAUCCUACGGCAUACCUUCCUAGCUUAACAGAUGUAAAUACCACAGUAUUGAACAAUACUACAAUGCAUAGCGAGUAUUUGGGAGAUAACAUCGAUGGUGUGGCGCAAUACGACGCUGAUGACGUCACGCAGUACGAAAGGGCGGAAAAAUCACGCAGGAAGCCACGUGUGUCGCUAGUGCGACCUGUACGGUCUAUUGAAACUGAUUAUGAGGUACGGGAAUUAUCAGAAAUCAAUAACCGGAUGAUGCCACAGAGUUCACAUGAAGAAAGUGGGCAUGUCGUGAUGGUCAAUACAAAAGCAAUAAAGCGAGACGGUACGUUUUACCCAAUUUUAAUCAAAUUUCUCCAUUACGGACACCGAAUUGAAAGUGUCUGUAUUAUUGAGGUGUCCGUAUUAAAGAAUUUUCCGUGUUAGAGAGGAAUUUGUCGAAUUAAAGAGGUGUCCGUAUUAGAGAGGUGUCCGUAUUAGAGAGAUUUCCGUAUUAGAGAGGUGUCCGUAUUAGAGAAAUGUCCGUAUUAGAGAGAUGUCCGUAUUCGAGAGGUAUCUGUAUUAGAGAGAUGUCCGUAUUAGAGAAAUGUCCGUAUUACAGAGACGUCCGUAUUCGAGAGGUGUCUGUAUUAGAGAGACGUCCGUAUUAGAGAAGUUCCCAUAUUCGAGAGGUGUCCGUAUUAGAGAGGUGUCCGUAUUAGAGUAGUGCCCGUAUUAGAGAGGUUCCCGUAUUAGGGAGGUGUCCGUAUUAGAGAGGUGCCCGUAUUGGAGAGAUGUCCGUAUUAGAGAGGUGUCUGUAUUAGAAACGUGUUCGUAUUGGAGAAAUUUCCAUAAAGACAAUAUCGACUGUAUUAAUUAAGGAUGUUGAGAAAAUCUAAUAAAGAAUGAGAAAGAAAAUAGCCACACGAAAUCAUUUUCUUUUCCAGGUUACAUCGGCUGCUUUAUCGACCAACAUCCGAACCGCGACCUCAAGAAAAUGUUCACUGUUAACAAUCUUACUCCAGUUUCUUGCCGGUCAGUGUGUAAAGAGAAAGGUCAUGUGUACGCAGGGGUUCAGUAUGGAUAUCUGUGUCAUUGUGGGGAUGAUUAUGGUAAAUACGGUGAAGUGGGGGAACACGAGUGUAAUAGUGCUUGUCUUGGGGAUGAUGGGAAGAAGUGUGGUGGAUUUUGGAGAAACUCUGUAUAUACAUCAGGUAUGGUCCUUGGCAUUCACGUAACGCUGUCCACUGUGAUGUUUUCAAGUUUCAAUCAAUCCUUGGUCGAGAGUAUCAGCAGCAAUUCAAAUGCAAUAAUUAACUUUGUCCCCCCCCCUCGCCCUCCAAUAAUUGGGGAGCAUGGUUAGAUCUUACAGAGGUAGUAAUUGUUCUUGAAUGUGAGUAACCCUAAAGUGAUCUGAUGAUAUUGUACAGAACUCAACUGCAAUAAUUAACUCGGUACCGCCCCCCCCCCAAAAAAAAAAAAAAUUGGACGUUUUACAAUUGAUAGGAUUGUAGUUCAUAUCAACUGGUGAUUGGUAUAACUGUGAUCAAAGUUUAGUCAUUGUCACCUAGCGUUUUCUAUAUUUAUUUUGGGGUCCUUAUCUACAGCUUUUAAGUCAUUCAGUAAAUGUUAAAAAACAGGCAAUAUUAGGCGCUAUCUUUUCGUGCAAUCUACCAUCCCUUCGGACACUUCGCAGUGGUAAAUUUUCAGAGAUGGAAGAGAAAUAUUUUCCUCAAAUAUUUAAUAUUCCCAUAUCCCAAUACUCGUAAAUAACACCACAAAUUUCGUCUUGGAAAAUUGGCCUGAAGACUCAUUCUCGUGUUACAUUUCUUCUUGUUAAUUUAGAGACGCCUGAAGACAAGGAAACGCCCGAGGACGGCUCAACUAAACGUGAGGCACGUUCACACAUUGAUCGAGUAAUUCCCAUUCCACAAUCAGGUAAGUAAUGAAGACACAGUACAAAACUUUGUGUAGUCAUUUAUCAGUGACUGAAUAGGCCUACGUUCAACUUAAAUUCAGAGGAAUUUAAUUCGUCGAUUAGUCGAUUUAAAAUUGAAAUGCUUUCGUUUCAUACGACGUCUUUAACUCAGACGAAUUCAUUUAUGACUAACGAUCAUGUAUGAUUACACCGAAAUAGAACCCACGGGAUUCGAAACAAACGUAAACAUAAUUUAUGACCAUGACGGAUGAAACGUCUUGGAUUAAUUCAAUUCAUCCAACGAAGUUUAUGAUUGGUUUCAUACGACGCAUACCGUCGCCUUUAAUUCGUUCAAUUAAAUUCGACGAUCGUGCGACUGUGAAACAGGCCUUCAUUCUGAUGGUAAAUACAGGUAGAUUUAGCGUUAAUAAAGUAUAGGUUGAACUUAAGGGUUUUUCCUUAUUUUUAGAACAAGAGGAAACACCUGUCCGACAGGAAAUAACUGUCUACCUAAGGUCGGAGAUACCAAAGACGCAUCAAAACCCAAUUACUACAAAACAUAAGGACGAGGCAUUGAAGGAAAGGUAUUUUUCGAUUCGAGUAACGUAAUUUAUUUCCCAUCUUGUUAUCUACAAAACUUUGCCAACAAUGAACCCCACAAUUGAAAUCUUCAUGUUGUUUGGAAAUUAGGUCGCAAGUUCAACCUUUUGAAUAUAGAUUCUAAACUAUCGAUAUAGGCAUAUUAAAUUUUCACAAAAGUUUCGGAAUUUUCAGGUUAGAAAAUUAUUCGAAUAUUAUUCGAAAAUUGUCUAAUCGUUCUGAUACAAGAUUUUUGGGCGUGUCGUUCGAUAGAAAUAAAUAAUAGAUGGUUUUUUUGAAGAUGGAAUUUUCGAACGUAAAUUUCUAUUAAAAAACCCAUCUUCUAUCACACACUGUAGAGUAGUGGACUAUUAUUUUCCAAACAAAGGGCGUUCUUUCCGAAGUUGUGUAUUUAAAGUUUGAGUUCAUGGCAACCAGCUGUAAUAUCAGUCAUGUUUUCGCUCGCUACUCUGUUUCUAAUAAAUCGAAAACAUUAGACUGGAGUAUCGAAAUGUUGGGUCGUGAAUGCAACUGGGCUUUGCAUUCAUUUAUUAAAACGAGAGUAGCGUGCGAAAACAUGACUGUGUUUGUCAUAUUUUCAGGUAGCUGUUGCACCCUUUAACCAAAAUUCUGAGUAGAGUUUUCUUUAAUGGAACCCACAUUCUAGAUAUGAAUACACCACCACAGAUAUAUAUUAACUUUAUUGUAAUGUCUUUAGACCAAGAACCGCAACAACAAAUUCCAAGCGUACAGAGAUUCCUAAACCCAUUGUGAACCAAGUUAACCAUCCGAACAAAGUAGUUAAUCAACCAACCAAUGUAAUGCAAGCAAAGAAACGAACAAACGUGAACAGCAACGCAUAUCUACAUCCACAAACGGGCCCAACGGAGUUCGUACCAUCAAAUGUAGUGCUAAGGACACUCACAUCGUCAACAAAAAGUAAGUGAACAUGGCCGGUAAGAAUAAUUUUUCUGUAAUUCUUCGAUCCGAGUUGACCAUAAUCAAUUUUUCAUCUCCUAUCUACGGACAAACAUAGACCUCAGAAUUGAACUUUUCAUGAUCAUGCUCAGCUUAGUCCACACCAAAAAUUUCACGUUAUUUUAACUGAUGAAAAUAUGUUUUGAAAUUUGGCACUGAAUGUCCAAACAACGUAAAAUUUUCGGUAAUAAUUUGGGCAUGAUGAUUUCAAUUCUGAUGCCCAUUUCUUUAAAAUAUGACGAUGAAAAAUCGAUAUGUACUAGAUAAAACAUGAGCAGCCGAUCUGUAUCUGAUAUACAAAUCAUAUCAGAUAUGUAUCUGAUAUACAAUAUCAGAUACAGAUCGGAUGCGAAUGUUUUAUCGUACUUAAAAAAUUACCCAUCUUAUGAGUUCAUUGGCGAAGUAAUUUUAAAAAUAAACAUUGUCUGGGCCGAGAAAAUCAAAGCUGAAGUUUAUGUAAAUCAGGACAAAUCUUUAUCCAAUUUACAAACAUUGAUUAAACAUUCAUUUCUUUUUUAUUUUCCUCGUGAAUUAUUAAUGACUCACUUUGACGAAGUGUUGUUUGUGGUACAGUGAUUAUAACAUGUGGUUCACCUUUACCUUAACCAAAAAUUUGUAAUUUUUCAAAACAUAUUUUCAUCAGUUAAAAAUCGUUAUUUUGUUGCAAUGAAAUGUUUUGGACCAUUUCCUAAACGGUUGGAGUACUUUGAAUGAAAAUCAGAACUUUGAAUAAAAAGAUCGAAAUCGAAGUAUCCGAUAUGUUAGGCUUUCUUCUUAUUUUUGUUCAGAGAGGAAAUAUACUGGUUUUAUAAAGUUGAAACAAAAUUGGGACGAUGGUUUACAGAAGAAGACUAACCCAAAGACCUUAAUUUUAGCGGGCAACAUUGAAACUGCGGUAAGACAUAACUAUUCAACUAAUUCAAUUAAUAUUGAAUUCUGAAGGUCAAAACUCAUAACCAUGCACGAAAGCUCGACUUCUAUAAGCGGAAACGCAAAUGGACAUACAUGAACAGUACCAUGAAACUACAUGUAUACAAAAACCUUGUAUCUGAAAAAUUAACAUAAAUUUCUUCUUAUCUUAGUUUUCAGAGAUGUUUGCAAAAGAUCCUCAAUUCGAGAAAGCUGAAAUUCUAAGUUUGAGGUAGUUUUGUUGUCUGUAUUUAUUUACUAGAUAAAUAAGAAGGGGUAUGAAUAACACGUUUUGAAAUUUUGAGCUAAAAAUGUAGACCAUCUGGUACAAAUCUCUUAGCUUGUUUAAUCUCUUAACAAGGCAUGUUCGUACUGUUUGUUCCAAGUUGUUUACAAGUCUGGAACAAGUUGUCAUCAUCUUCCAACAGACUCGUAACAAGUUGACCCCAACAAGUCUGAUAUACUUUAUCGUCUGCACGUAACAACUACUCGAUGACAAGCUAGUAGUAACUUGUUACCAACAGCCUGUAUUAGUCUUAUUGGAACAACUCGUAGCAAGUCUGUUGCCGUCAUCAACCUUGUAACAAGGCGAUAACAACUUUUCCCAGACUUCCACAACAACUGGUAACAAACACUGCGAACACAUCCUGAUAUCAGCAUGAUAACAACCUUGUUACAAUUUGUUGGAUGAUUUGUAACAUUUUGCGCGUUUUUGCGUGUUUACAUGUCUCUCUUCAUAGAUCUGAUUCAAACGUCGUGCUUAUCAUGUGCCUAGCCACCUAACCUAAUGCACGCAAUUAAAUGACCACUGGCUUUGAACUCAUUUGUAAUUAGGUUCAGCACAUGUAAAGUUCGACGUUUAAAUUUUUCCUUAGGGCCUGUUUAUAGUGAGAUUGAUGUUGUAUAGAAGGAUGAAGGUCAUAGAAUGGAAAUUGUAUGGACCUUCAUUGGAAAUAGAAUGGAUUUUGGUGGUCCAUAAUAAUUGUAUAUUUCCAUAUGGAUAUAGGAUAGAAAUAGGAUGGAUAUACUAUGGAUUUAGUGGUGCAAUUGCAAAUUUCGUAGUGUGGAUUUCACCUUUUUUUUCCAGUGAUAACCCAAUUAGAUCCAGGUUUAUUAGCAUAGUAUGGCCAAUUGCCAUGGCUAGUUCGCUACUGCUUGUAGGGAUUUAGGUUUAGCCAAUUAACAGUAAUCAUUUCCUACCAGGGAGGCGGAAAUACGAGACAAUCCAGACACAGUUCACAAAGUUCUGGUCGAGUUUGCUCUGAUGUUUAAGAAAGGGGGACGGAAGAAAGAUGAAAUAUUAAGAAGUAUGGUAGAGAACAACAGCCGAGUGGGAGAAAUGCCAGUCUUUGUUGAUAGCCUUGAUAUAAAAGGUAAAUACGAUUUGAAUUUGGUGUUCAUUGUAUUCAAGAUGAUUGGCGCUUACGGAUGGAAUGCUAUAUACAGCUAUUUCAAUUAAGGUUGUCCCCCGAGCAAAGCGGAAAUGUCGAAUACGAACGCGAAAGGCUGCUGGGAAUCGCUAAUAAAUUCAUUCAUUUAUUAGCGAUUCCCAGCAGCCUUUCGCGCUCGUUAUCGACUUUUCCGCUUUGCUCGGGGGACAACCUUAAUUGAAAUAGCUGUAUACAUAUAUUAUUUUAGUCACAAUUGUACCAUACACGGGAAAAACAAUCAAAUAUCCAUUAAUGCAUGGAUUUUUGAAUGGUUUUUUAAAGAUUUACCAUGUAUACUAUCAAUGUAAAAACUGAACUCUACCAUUACUGGUUAUUAUAGAUUUCCCAUAUGGUAACUUGAUAAAAGCAUGAUGUUUAAUAUUUACCAUUAUGGUAUUUUCCUGUGCACUGGAAAAAUAAAGUACCGUUAAUGGUAAAUAUUAAACAUCAUGAUUUUUACUAAUUUACCAUAUGAGAAAUAUAUAAUAACCAAUAAUGUUAAAGUGCAUAUGACAUGAAAUUUCUUAUUUUCUUAAAUGAAAGAACUCUUUAAGUUGUAGUGUAACUUAUUUUUCAGUUUCUUGUUUUUAUGGUUUGUUCCCGAGAUAUUUCAAUUUGUUUGAUAUGUAAAUGGUGUCCGCGCUAAUUUAUGACGUCACGUUGGUUGCAAGCUCAACUUACACUGGUUAUAAAUGUAUUAACUCUAAAAACUGUUGAUAUCAGUUCACGUUUUUUUCCAGUGUUUCAUCACAUUUACCAGUGAGGGAAGUUUGAAAUUAUCAUCUUGGAUAAUAGCAGUGAUAUUCAACCAUUUUGAAGAGCUUGCAACCAACAUGACGUCAUAAAUUAGCAGACAUAUUCACACUCAUUUACAUAUCAAACAAAUUGAAAUAUCUCGGGAACAAACCAUAAAAACAAGAAACUGAAAAAUAAGUUACACUACAACUUAAAGAGUUCUUUCAUUUAAGAAAAUAAGAAAUUUCAUGUCAUAUGCACUUUAAGAUUUCCGUUUUUACAUUGAAAACCCCAUCGGUGGAUUUUUCCCCUCGUUUCAAAGUAUUUAUAAUGAUCUACAAGACAGCUGCGGAUUGAGAGAAAUGCAACUACCUGAAAAAUACAAGCAGAACUUCGACCUACAGUUUUAUGUUGAGAUGGCUUCAUCGUUACUGGACCCCUUGAGAGAACACUUUCUUUAGAACUAAUAGAAAUACCCAGUGGUUUUCCCAACUGAAUUAAAAAAAAACACAUACACAAAAAGAAUACAAAUUAUCGUCAUACCAUGGCAACCACUUCAAAUAUUUUAUGUUUGGAAAAUAUAGUGGUUUUGCUAGUAAGGCGAGAGGUUUCUGUAUGCAUUUCUUUCUUUUGACAGAAUACAAGAAUGAGGAAGAUGACCCUAACACUGAUGCAGCAAGAGCGAAGGAAAAAAGACAAGGUAUUGGCUAUUGUAUACGUAAUAGUUCAAAUACGAAUUAAUGUUACAUUUACACUGUAACUUUUCAUAUCAUUUAGCACUAGUUUUUAUUGGGGGGGGGGGGGGGGGGCGGCAGAACGAGGGCUAGGCGAGCUAUACUGCCCCCCUCCAGAAGUAAAACCGAUUAGAGUAACUGGAGAGUUAUAUGAAGAUUCAAAGGUUCUUGAUUCUGCCAAUAUUAAUAAGAAAGCUUCGGAUCUGCAAUCAUACAAAAUGCAAUCUGAGCAACAUUUUUCACGAAGGCAAAGGGCAUUUUGCCACCGGAGAGUGGGCAUUUUUUGUGUUUUCUAAGGGAAAAUAAUUGCAAUCAUAAAAAAAACGCAAUCUGAACGACAUUUUUCACGAAACCAAACGGGGCACUUUGCCACUUGAGAAAGGGCACUUUUUGUGUCUUCUGAAAACUUGGGGGGGGGCCUUGCCUCCUCCCGGUUCUUACGCCCCUGCCUUUGCUUGAAACGUCAAAGUUCUCCUUGUAUUUUUCUUCAUCCCUAAAAGGCGAAGUGAACAAAAAAUUACCAACAUUGCAUGUGGUCAAUCAUAAAAUUCCUUAAGUGGAAUUAAACUGGGAGCUUCAGCACCCGUGACAGUUUGUGCAAGGGGACUAUAAGCCUUCCUAAAAAUAGAUUAAGUCAUAUAUGUCUUGGUUAAAAAGCGUGAGCUUUUCCUUCACAAGUAGUUCGACUGGUAUGCUUAUUUGGAAGCGAUUUUAUCCCCACAAAGUCAUAUACAAACUGAUUUGAAAACCAACUAUGAAGCAAUUUUUUGCAGCAUUUUUGUUGUCUAAAUUCUUUAAUUCGGUGCCAAAAAGUGCAGGAAAUGGCAUUUCCAAGCCUUUAUUUUAGCCUGUCGUGUUUGCACUUGGCUAAAAACUGCGCUACCAUACCCAACUUAGCUGCCAAAAUUGACCCCCCAAACUAAAACCCGUUUCGCCACUGUUUUUUAUUGAAAUAUUGUGUAAAUAUCGUACCCUGUCAUUCAUGAAGCUAACCUACCCUAUAAACGUUCUUUUCAGAUGGUGUUGAUGCAUUUCUAGAAGAAGUAUUUAGACAAAUUUGAGAUUAACCAUUCUAGCCAGAAGAAUAGAAAGAUAAACGAGAAUUGGUAUACCAUGUGGACCGUGUUUGAUUCAGAUCUGGACACUAUAUGUGAGCAAUAGGGAUAUGUGUAACAUUUUGGUAAAAUUGUGGACAGGUUGAAUGAAGGCUGUCUGGCAUACUCGUCGGGUCGGACUGGCGGUGAAAACCAAUGCCGGAAUGACCGUGCGGAAUGGAAUGAGAAGCAAAUUUCGCUGUAUUUAAUUUUCCUGUAAAAAUAUAGUUUAAUUUAUUUUAUACAUCCUUGGAAUUACAAAAAUAGUAUACUUAUUAAGGACAGAUUAUACGGAACUAACAGUUUCUUACAAGAUAAACUGUCUUGCUUACAAGAUAUUAACUGCCUUGAUUUCGAUCUCUGACAUUUUUGCGGCCAUUUUGAAUUUGCCAACGCCAAAAUGCAAUGGAAUCACCGACAAUACACUGUUAAUUUUACAGUAAAAAGAGCUGGUAGCUAGGACGCCAGAGAAUGUACUCUAACUUUACAUGCAGAGACUGUUUUUGACCGAAAUCUGUAUUUAUACGUACCGUAAAAAGGCUCAAAAUCCUCUAUUGCAAAAUACUACUGUAAAAUAUUACUAAACUCGUUUUAAAUACAAUCCAUUGUACUGUACUGAUUUACGAUUACAGUAUACUUACUGUAAAAACUGAUCGGUAAAACAGAUAUUUUUAACAGUGCAUAUUAUACUGUAAGUUUUAAAUAAUUCUUCGGUGGUGGUAAUGUGAAUCUUCAUUGAAAUUCAGAUGAAAAUCAAACAACGUAUAGUAAGAGACAACGUAUAAGUUAUUAUUUAGGGUUAAAAGGAUGGGUUAUUUGGCUAGUAAUUUAACUCAUAAAUUACGUUCCAUAGACAAUUUGCCCCUUUCUAAGUCCGACCAAUCACAGGCGUUCAAUGCCAGAUAAACCAACAUCACCAAUACAAAUAGACCCUUUCAUGUUUUUUUUACUAAAUUUUGAAUUAGGUUAAAAAAUGAAUACUAUAGCACUUAAAAUUAAAAAACCUUGAAAACUACAUUCGUCAGCAUCCCGCACGGCCAUUCCGCCUUGUAUAACCAUCGUUAGCUUAGGUUUAAAAUAAGAACAAAAACCUAUAUGUAAUGAAUGUAGCACAAAACUUUUUUAAUUGAAUAAAGGAAAUAAAUAGACGUCUAUGUAUGUACAUGAUUUGUGGUUACAAUAAAUAAAUUAUUAAUUAACUAACUAUUAUUUAUACAUGACUUUUUAUCGAUAAAAUUUUUUUUCUUGGCCACUUUUUUGAUUGUUAAAAAAUUGGCUAAAAAUGGCAAAAUUGAAAAACUGCACAAAAUGACGAAAAAGUUAAGACGUAUAUAUAUAAGCCUUAAAUUCUUUAUGGAUUUUAGCCACUUUUUGAAACAGUCAAACUAUACAAGCCAUUUUUGGUCCCUUGCAAAGGCAAAGUGUUAUGGCCAAAAAGUUAAUUUAAAUUAAGGGUAUAGCCUUAACCUUUUGUCGAACUUUAGUCAUGGUUUUGAAAGGCUAGUCCCUUAGUAUUUUUUGAACAAAAGCUAAGGUUAACCUCUUUACUUUUUCACCGUUUUCUUGGUCUAGUUUUGAAAAAUUCAAAGACCUACGUCGAAAAUGGAAAAAAAACGUUAUGUGGUGAGCCUAACCUUUUUGUCGAAUUUUAGCCAUAUUUUUGAAAAAUUCAAAAAGGGGUUAAAAUGGCCAAAAGUAAAGGCAACCGCUUAAUAUUUUUUUAAAAAUGGUUAAGGCUACAAAGGCUUACCCUUAAUAUUUUUUUGAAAAAUGUUAAGGCUAACUAACUUUACUUUUUCACCAUUUUUGGUCGCGCAUUUAGUGGCCAUUUUGUCGCACAGACUUAAAAAUCAUACAAUCCUAUAAACUUUAAAUCAAUGGCUGUUAUUUUAGAAGCGAAAACACUUUUUAUUUGAAUUGAUUAUGCGUCCAUGUAUGGCUUAACAUAAUAAUAAAUUAAUAGUAAAGCUCCACGUGUACAGUACAGGGUGUAUAAAAAAACACAACCUCGAUCGGAAUUUCCUAAGAAUCCACUUUGCAAUUCUUAAACAUAAAAGAUUUUAGACCCCUGGGAAUUAAAAUCGAAUUGCUAAUAGUCAUAUUACCGUUGUUGUAUUGUACUUGUAAAAUAAAAACUUAUUAAAUGUCAUUAAAUAAAUGCAUACAUUUUGCUUUAUGCACUCACGUGUGCAGUAAUUUUGACAGUUGUGCUAUUUUAAUUAAAUUCCCAGGCACCUAAAAUCUUUUGUCCUUAAAACAAUGUCGAUUUCUUGCGAAAUUCCGAGGUUGCGUUUCUUUUUAUACACCCUGUAUACAGUAUAUAAAUUCCCAUAGGGAUUGAAGCCAAUCUAAACGAGACAGGUUUGACCAAUCAGGGAGAUGCUCUUGUAAGUACCUACCAAUCGGAAGCCUGUAUUUCAAUGCCAUCGGAGGAAAUAGCAUUCCAGACAGAAUUCGCAUGUAAAUUAUAUUCAAAUUUAGGACAGUUUUAGACAGAUCAUUUCGCCCAUUGCCGCGUGUAGCUUAGUCGAAGUUCUCGUCUCGUGGUGAUUUAAGAAGUGCUUUAGACCUUGAAAUACGAAGCUGGAAAGACCACAAAGAAGCUCAAAAAUGAAACUGAAAGACAGGAAUUAGGUAUGUUCUAUGUAUGUUAUGUGAUUUGUCCAUAUUACAGCCUGUACAAAGUCUUUGAAUCUACUUGUCAAAGUCAACGACCGCAAGUAGCUUCGCCUUUUGCUUUGGGCUUCGACAUGCUGUCCAAAUCGAUUUGUUCAGGCAAUUAAGACACUGAAUUAAGCCUUGCUUUUUGUUAUAUUUACUUUAAAUUAGUACACGAAUGUUUCGAUAAAGUAUUCAGCGUGUUUUGUAGCUAAAUUUGUUUUAAAUUUUCUCGUUUUAGUGGCAAGAAGAAAUGUCGAAUCAGUCUCAACCCGUCACGGCUCAAUGCCAAGUCAAGAAAAAAGUCUUUAAUUCUUGCCGAAAUUUUCAAAGCAAAAUUUAACAAGAAAUGUUGUCUUCCGAAACUCAGGAGUCAAACGAAAGACCAAACUAUGGUACGUACUUUUUAUUUUGUGUAAAAUGUUCGUAUUCAGAGAGUAAAACUGUUUGAAAUUACUUGUUAAAGUUGACGAUCGCAAGUCGCUUAUAGGCGCCAGUGCAUGAUGUCCCAGCAUAUAUGCAUGCUGAAUAUAUUGGAUUUAGUUUACGUUUCGUUAUCUUUAAAUUAGUAUGGAAAUGUAUAGAUAUAAAAUGUUGAUAUUUCUCCGAGUAAAAUUGCUUGAAACUUGAUUCGAGGUUGACAAACGCCCUGGUCGAUUUGCCUUUGACGACGUGCAUGAAGUUGCGUUUCCGGCUUGCUCUAGUAGAUCAGUAUAAAAGCAUUAAUUGAAUUUGGCAUUGCUUAGAAACCAUCUUUAGUAACUAAAUUAGAACAAAAUGUUUCGAUAAAGUAUUUAGGACGUUUUAGUUCUAAUUUGUUUUUAAAAUUUGUCGUUUUAGGUAUACCAGUGAUGACUUGUC